AUGGCAAAAAAUUCAUAUCUAAGUAGACAAGAUAGAGAAAUUGAAAAACUACUACCCUUUGCGGGUAGAUUAAAAAGAACCGCAACAUUAAAUUUACUUUCACAACCUCAAACAAAUCCAAAACCAAAGCCAAAUAAAAAACAAAAAGAAAAAGAAAAGAAAGAACAAGAGGAAGAAGAAGAAAACGAAGAAGAAAAAGAAGAAGAAGGUGAAGAGGAAAAGGAGGAAGAAGAGGAAGAGAAAGAGGAGGAAGAAGAAGAAGAAGAAGAAAAGCUAGUAAAAUCGACAAGAGGUAGAAGAUUAUCAGCAUCACCAAAAUCUUUAGCUAAUAAACAAAACAAUAAUAAUAAAAAGAAUCAAAGUAAAAAACCAAGCCCAAAAACAACAAAUGUAAAUAAUAAAAAAUCAACACAAAAAAAAAAAAAAAAUUCUGACGAAGAAACUUCAAGUGAAUUAGAAGAGGAACAGGAGGAGGAGGAGGAAAAAGAGGAACAAAGUGAAAGUGAAGAAGAACAAGAACAAGAAGAUUAUGAAUCAAAUUCAUCAUCAUCAGAGGUUGAAGAUAAUUCAGAUUUAGAUUAUGAACCAACAAAGAAAAAAACAGUUGUAAAGAAAUCACCAUCCAAAAAAGUAUCAUCAGCAAAACCAAGGAAACCAACUAAACCAACCAAUAAAAAACUAUCACCACCAAAGAAAAGUAAAUCAAAGAAAUCUUCAUCAUUAUCAACGAGAUCGCCAAUUGGAAAAUAUAAAAAGAAAACAAAUAGUACAGAACCAUUAAGUUCAGAUGAAGAUGAGGAUGAUAGUGAAUUUCAAGAUGAAGAUGAAGAUGAAGUUUCAUCAGUUUCAACCAAUUCAACACAUUCAAAACAUCAACAGCAGCAACCAAAAUGGGGUAAACCAAUGGAUUUCGUUGGUAGUUUAUUCGAUACCAAUUUCAUUACAGGUAAAAAGAAGAGUUUCUCUGAUCCAAAUGAAAAUAGUGCAAUAAAAAAAAAAAAUUUAGAAAAAACCUAUAAUAAUAGUAUUAAUGAAGAGAAACAAUCAUUAAAUGAUUUUAGAGCCUCUGUUGAAAAGAAAAAGAGAAAGAGACAAACUGAAGAGGCAAUUUUAGGUAUUAAUCAAAGACAUGAAAAAGAAAAACAACAAUAUACAACUACGAAAGCAAUGGUAUCUUAUAAAAGUAAUAUACCUGAUACCAUUACAAAAGAUAAAGAUGAUAUUAUUAAUUUCAUAAAUACUCCUUCAAAUAGUACUGCUAAACCAUCAAGAAGAAUUAGAUUUGAAGGUGACGAAGAUUCACCUUAUAAAAAUUAUAGUAAUAAUAAAGAUAAUGGUAAUGAUAAUGAUACUGAUAUUAGUGAUGAUAAUAUUAUACCUCCACGAAUGGAACGUCAAUUAUCUUCAAUUCAUUUAGUUCAAAAACCUUUAAAUCUAGGUGGAAGAUUACCUUUAUUCAGCAGUUCAACCACUACCUCUACUGAUGAAUACCCAUCACAAAAUAUUGAUUCAAUUACAAAAGAGAUGGUAUUAUUUGAAGGUAAUCAAACACCACCACUCACUCCUUCAACUCCUUUUUCUGUUUCAAAAUCAUCACCAUCAUCAUCAACUAAUACAACAACUACAACUUCAACCACAACUACUCCACUAAAAUCAAUUUUAAAAACAAGUGUAGAUGUAUAUGAUGAUGAAGAUAUGAGUGAUAGUGAAAAUUCAAUUUUAAAAAAUAAAGAAAUUCAAAAAGAUGAAAAUAAAGAAAUAAUAAAUAAUAAUAAUAACAAUAAUAAUGAUAGUAAUGAUAGUAAUAAUAAUAAUAAUAAUAAUAAUAAUAAUAAUAAUAAUAAUAAUAAUAAUAAUAAUAAUAAUAAUAAUAAUAAUAAUAAUAAUAAUAAUAAUAAUAAUAAUAAUAAUAAUAAUAAUAAUAGUAAUAAUAAUAAUAAAAAUAAAGAGAAAGAUUUUAAUCUUGAUAAAAUCGACCAAGAAAAAGAUAAUGGUGAUAAAUCGAAAAGUAGUCAAGAUAGUGAAGCUAUUGAUAACUCUCAAGAAUAUAGAAAUUAUAUGGCUGCAACUGAAGGUCUAUUCCAGACCGAAAUAUCAAAAGAGGAUUUCAUAAAAUUAUAA